AUGACUUCACCCCUUUCGUCCCUUAUGAUGACUACUCCCCUUUCGAUGUAUCUAUUCGGCCUUGCGCCAGCAGUAGCUGUUCUGCUGGUCUUGGUCAAGGUGGCCAAAGUUGGCAGCCGGCCCGCGGGCUUGCCUCCGGGGCCUCCAACCCUGCCACUCAUUGGAAACCUGCAUCUUAUGCCCACGGAUCGACCACACUUGCAGUUCCAGAAAUGGGCUCAGGAAUAUGGGCCGAUUUACUCGCUCAUCCUGGGAACGAAGAAAGUCAUUGUCCUUUCCUCAGAUACCGCCGUCAAAGACCUCCUUGAUAAGAAGGGUGGCAUCUAUUCGGACAGGCCGGACAUGUUCAUUGGACAGAAGAUUGCUAGCGGAAAUCACCGCCUGGUAGUGAUGCGAUAUGGCGACAAUUGGCGAAUGAUUCACAAAAUGGUCCACAGUAUUCUGAACAUCAAGUCUGCAAUUUCCUACGUUCCCUACCAGGAUCUCGAGAACAAAGUGUUGCUCAAUAGCCUGCUCGAUACCCCAGAGGACCUCUUAUUUCACAUCAGGCGGUUCACCUACUCCUUGUCGACGCAGAUGAUCUUCGGUUACCGCUGCAUUGACAAUAAAGAUCCCAACCUGUUGCAGCUUUUUUCGUGCUUCGAGAAAUGGGGCAAGCUAUCCGGGAGUUCAAGCGCCCAGCUCGCAGACCUCUACCCUAUCAUGCAGAAGCUGCCUGAGAUUAUCGCCCCUAAUGUCCGUUACGCCCGUAAACUCCACGAGGUUGAAAGGAAGCUAUACGUCGGUCACUGGUUGAGAUCUAAGAAAGCGCUCGACGACGGGACGGGAUUGCCAUGCUUUUGCAACGAUAUCUAUGAAGGACAGACUAUUCAUGGGUUUUCCGACGACGCUGCUGGCUACAUGAGUGGAUCCUUGCUUGAGGCAGGGUCGGACACAACAGCAUCCACGCUCUAUGGGUUCAUCCUUGCCUUGCUCGUCUGGCCCGAGGUGCAGCGGCGCGCGCAGGAAGAGAUCGACCGGGUUGUGGGGCCUAACCGACUGCCCACCAUGGAUGACUGGGACAACCUCUUCUACGUGCGGUGCUGUAUGAAGGAAAGCUUGAGAUGGAUGCCAACAGUCCACUUGGGUGUACCGCAUGCAGCCCUUAAGGAUGAUACGGCAAUCCACAUGGACCCGGAGCGGUCUCCUAAUCCACGAGUCUUUAACCCCGAUAGAUUCAAGGACGAUCACACCACGCUCUAUCAGUCGGCUAUUGGAGAUACGAAGAAGCGAGAUAAUUUUGUCUUUGGUGCUGGACGUCGCUUGUGUCAAGGAAUCCACAUCGCCGAACGCUCUCUGUUCCUCGGAGUUUCUCGACUGCUCUGGGCUUUUAAUUUCUCCCCGGCUAAGGAUGACUCCGGUCGGCCUAUUCAGUAUGACAUUGAGGACUUGGUUGGGGGGAUUACGAUCCAACCAAAUGACUUUCCAGCUGUCAUCACUCCACGCACUAAGGAGAAGGUGGCUAUCAUCCGGAAGGAAGCUCGGGAGUGUCAGAAGCUGCUUCAUCCCGAGACUGGUCAGUGGCUGAAGAUCCCAGAAGGAAUGGCUUUCAGUAAAUGGACGCCACAGAAAGCUGUUGUUUAA